ACGUGCUCUCUCUCCUUAACACCACACGCCCCCUCUUUAAUUCCUACAUCCGCAUCCGCAGCUCCGCCUCCUCAGCCACAUCCCCCGAACUCGUGGAUGCGCGCGACGAACUCGAAGCCACCCUCACAGACCUCAGCGCCGACCUGCGCGAUCUCGUCGACAGCGUAAAAGCCGUCGAGCACGAUCCCUAUCGCUAUGGCAUCGAACUCGAUGAAGUGGAGCGAAGGCGGCGCUUAGUCGCAGAUGUCGGGCAAGAGAUUGAAGACAUGCACACCGAGCUCGCCAAAACAGUGCAAGAAGCGCAAAUACAUGGCAAAGGCAAAGCAAAAGAUACUGGAUUACCGCAUCCGAGCGCCUUUGAUUCCGAAGAUGAAGAGGGGGUGGAUGGCGAUUAUGGCCAGUUUGAGCAGCAGCGGCAAGAGGAGAUUAUGCAGCAGCAGGACGAGGCGCUGGAUGAUGUCUUCAAGACCGUGGGUACCUUGCGCCAGCAGGCUGACACCAUGGGUCGCGAACUCGAGGAACAGGCAGAUUUGCUAGACGAUGUUGACAAUAUCGCCGAUCGCGUGGGAGGAAAGCUGCAGAAUGGCAUCAAGAAGAUUGGCUGGGUGAUCCGGAAGAACGAAGACACAUAUUCCAGCUGUUGCAUCGCUGUUCUGAUUGUCGUCUUGAUCAUAUUAUUGAUCUUUUUGCUGGCUGCA